AUGUCUUUACCCACUCAAAUCAACGAAAUCGUCCUUGAGAAUGCCCCCACCACUGGUGUCGUGGUCCAAUUGGACAAGGCCGACUCCACCUUCGCCUUGAAGUCGCAGCCGUUCGAUAAGGAUCAAGUGAAGGACAAGCAGGUGGUGGUGAAGCUGAAGCUCAUUUCCAAUGACCCCACGCAAAGAGGGUGGAUACAAAAGGGCAGAGACCCCCGCAGAAUGUACGUUGCACCUGUCAAGGAAGGCGACCGGAUGAUGGCGAUCGGGAUCGGGGAAGUGGUCUACUCGAAAAACGACUCCUAUAAAGACGGCGAUUUGGUGCUUGGUAUGGUCGGCUGGGGCGACUACGCCGUGCUCAACCCUGAACAGAUCAACACCCAGCUUAUUGUGCAACCAGGGGUGCCGUUGCUGGCGUACUUGUCGGCAUUGGGGAUGACGGGGUUGACUGCCUAUUUUGGUACGAUCAAGGUGGGUCAAUUGCAAAAGGGACAGACCCUCAUUGUGUCGGCUGCCUCGGGUGCUACCGGCUCCAUGGUAGUGCAGGUGGCCAAGCACCUUGUCGGGGCCAAGAAGGUGAUUGGCUUUGCUGGUUCCGACGACAAGUGCAAGUUUGUCGAGCUGCUUGGCGCUGACAAGUGCAUCAACUAUAAGCUGGACAACUUGCGUGAGCAGCUUGACGAGGCGCUUGAAGGCGAAUUUGCCGAUGUCUACUACGAUAAUGUUGGUGGUGAGAUCCUUGACUUGUGUCUUACUCGCGUGAAGCAGUUUGGUCGAGUAGUGGCCUGCGGUGCCAUCUCUGGCUACAACGACCCGCUGAAGCUGAAGGUGACACAAUGGGGUCAAAUCGUAUCCAACAGAAUCACCGUGCAAGGUUUCAUUGUGUUGGAUUAUGCUAAAGAGUACCCAGAGGCGUUGGCAGCGUUGGGUAAGGCGUUCGCUGAGGGUAAGAUCAAGGAUGAACUGGAGGUGGUCGACAUUAAAGGUGACUUGAAGAAGAUCCCCGAAGUGUGGUUCCGCUUGUUUGAAGGUAAGGGCCCCGGUAAGUUGAUCACCAAGCCGUAA